UGUGUAAUUUGAGUAUCGGCCAGCAAGCAAACGAAGAAGAAAGCUUAUUGAAAAAUAAAUAUUAAUUUUCCAGUUCCUUCCAGAACGAAGGCAAAAAAUUCUUUCAUAGCUCUCUUUAAACACGCAAAAGCUUUAUAAGGCUAAGACAAUGUUUCCAAGAAGGUGUAAUAGCAAUGUUAUGCCCCGUCUGAACCGACCGCGUGUUUUAAUCUCUCGUGCGGCGGGGUAUAUGAAGCGUCUUGAGAAGAAUCAUCCUUACCGAUUGAAGCACAGAUAUGAACUGGAACAUUGGCGUAAAUUUAUGCCACAUCUACGUUUCACCAAUAUCGAGCAGCCGAAGAAGGAGUCUUUGAUGGAAUCGCUGGAUAGAGUGAUUGAAUCUGGUGAUGGUGCUGAAGUUAAGGUGGCCAUUGAUAAUAAGCUCUUCAAAUGCCAUCUUAUGGUGCUGCGCACCUGGUCUUCGCUUUUCGAGAAAUCCCAGAUAGAGAGCAAGAUGCUAGAAAUGGCAAAUGCAAAGGUGACAGCCAAAGCCUUUGAAAUCGUCUACACAUGGAUGACCCAAAUGGACUGCGAAUGCCCACGUUCCCAAAUAUUGGACGUGCUGAUCGCCGCCCAGUUUUUGCAAGCCGAUCGUCUGGUGGCCAGCAUCUUCGAUUGCCUGAGCGACAAAAAUAACUUUUGUGAAAUCGAUGCCUUCCACCUCUUCAUGGAAGCGCGUAGCAAGAACAUCACACCUGUUGCCGAGUUGAUGUUGCGUCGCAUCAGCCGAUCGUUUCUGCUUCUUCUGACCACCAAGGAGUACCGUGAACUGAGUGUUCAACACCUGUGCUAUAUGCUCGACUCCAAUAACCUUGGAGUUCAAACGGAGAUUGAGGUAUUCUACGGCGCUUUAAUAUGGAUCUAUCAUGAUUUCGAAGCGCGCAAAAAUGAUAUUUGUCGGGUGCUAUCUGCCGUCCGUUUUAAGCUUAUGCCAUCACAUUAUUUGCUCUACUGGGCCGAGAAGCUCCACGAGCUGGAGCUGGAGAUAGCGGACGCUUUGUGUCCCCUAAUGCAUCUGGCCAUGAUAUACCAGCAGGAGUUGCAUAUACGAACUUUCAACGCUGACGAAAUGGGCCCCUUUGAUCGUGUAUGGUUGAGAGAUGCCUCAUGCUUGUAUCGCAAGUUCUUGGAUCAAGAUAAACCCAUUGAGAUCACAUUCGAGUUGUUUCUGGCCAAUCUGACGCGCAUACAAAAGGCAUCUCGCACUUUUGUCUCUCGGGUGGUAGAAGUGGAGUUUGUGUUCGACGACGAAUCAGAUAAAGAAGAAGACUCGUCUCUACUAUCGCCAGCUGAAACUCCACACACAAACGAAAGCCAGAAACCUGCGCUUCUUUUAAAAACCUAAAAGAUUUCCAACUUUACAAUCAGACCUGCUCCCAUUUCUGAUCUCGAUCGAACGAAUUCGAAAUCUUUUGGUAAACAUUUCAAUUUUUGCAGCUAAAAUGGAACGCAUCAACAAAUAUCAGUUAUCGAAUUAUUUGACGGAAAACUAAGUCAAAACUAUUUCGACAGGUUUGAUCGAAUUCAGAAACGGAAACACGGCUAAAUACUUGAAUUUAUUGGCCAAUGCUUAUGAUGUUUUUGUUUUCUAGCCAUAUAUUCUGUAAGUGCCAAGUAUAUUUUAUAGUCCAUUAGUUUUUAUUUAUGGGUGUGAGUGAGUUUAACAAUUAUUUAGGUUGUGAAAAAUUGACUAAAAGUCCCAGUAUUCUUCAAGGCACCUCUAAAAUUAUCAAUCCAGUUGGUUAAGUCCAAAUUGUGUGUAUUUAUUACUUGAAAAUAAAUUAAAUAUUUGGUAGCAACAAAA